GUUGGUAGGGUCAGAAGUGAAGUUAACUAGGUGCCACCAAGGCUGAAAUUCUCAUUAAAAUUUGUUUGCAUUAGCCCUGAUUACCUUUUACAUUUCAGUGGUCCAGGUACCUCCAUAGCUUUCCCUUAUAGCUGCUGCUGCAGUGAAUUGUCUGCACCACAGAGUUUGGAUGUAGCUGUAGGCAGGGAGACCUGCAGGCUCCAGAAUGAGGAGGAGAGUGAAGAGGAAGGAGCCUGCUGGCUGUGCCCAUCUUGCUCCACUUGCUAUCACCUCCCACGUGGGAUGCUUGGACACCUGUGGGAUCUGCCUGCCCAGGAGGGCAGGGAACCACUGCAGGGAAUUGUGAGAGGCCCCUGUGGUUCCCACCCCAUCAGACGUGGAGAAGAUAAGGAAGAAAGUGGAAGCCAGUGAAAAGAGAUGUCACCAAGGCAGAGCAAGAAGCUCUUCCCAGCCCCUCUGAGUGCUCCCCCUGAGCCACCCCCUCCUUUGGGGUCUGCAUCCCUUGUGCUUUUGGGGAGCUGCUGCCCCUUCUUGGCUGCUGAGGAUGUGCUGAAGGCCAAGCCCUGCCUGCAGUGCCCUGUGCCAGCCUGGCUGGGCCCUGCGCUGCCCCUGGCUCUGUGCAGACCAUGGUGGGGGCAAAGGACCUGGUCACCAGAGAGCCUGCCCUGGCUCACCCUGCCAUCCCCCUCUCCGAGGUCAGGGCUCUGUGCCAGGAGAUCUGCAAGGAGAUCCAAGACUUGAUGGCAGAGCACAUGGCAGAGAACAUUUGGAGGCUUCCAGUGUGAAGGGACCAGGAGGGAAGAGUGGGAAGGGUGUCCUAAGAGUGGAAUGUGGGAAUCAGCCCAGCCCACCUGAAGCCCCCUAGACUCCUGCCAGCCUCUCUCCAGCCCCAGGGAAGGUGACAGAAUGGUGUGCUGGGAUGUGCUGCAGCAUUUCCUGGGGGGCAGCAAAGCAGAGGGAGGAAGAGGAGACCAAGGUCUGCCAGUGGAGUGGGACUGCAACCCCCAGUACCUCCAGCCACUGCCCCAAGGUUCCUGCCCCUGUUCCCUGCACAUCCCACCAGGAGGCACAACCUGGCACAGGCAGAGCCAGGGCAGCUCUGCUGUGCUGUUUUCUGCUCAUGUUUUCUGCCAUGCUGAGGGUGACAGGAGAAACAGCAGGAGCUGGUGUCAGCUGGGGCCAGGCUGCAUUGACACCCCACCACAGCUCCUGGGUGCACAUGGGCACCUGAAACCCUUAGCUGGGAAGGAGCCUCUUGAAAUUCAGCAAAGGCAAGUGCCAGGUCCUGUGCCCUGAGGUGUUCAUCCAGGGUCCCCCAGCACCCACACCUCCAUCCUAUGGCUGCAGCCAGCACAGACCCUCUGUCCAACAGUGUGACUGGGACUCACAGGUGAGCCAGCGAUGGCUCUGGGGACAGCUCUGGCCCUGUUCCCUCCAGGAGCCAUGUGAUGCCUGGCAUCAGACCCAUUUUAGCUAGUGAUGUCCUCCCAGUGACAGGUUUCUGUCAUUCAGGGGGGCACGAGGAGUGGGCAGCUCCAGGAUGGAGCCCCUCUAAAGCACCAGCUGCUCGUGGCUGCCCAGGACACACAGGGAUGGGAGGUGGAGGGCACAGGCUCCCACACCUGCCAUCCCAAGCAGCCCUCACACCUCUGUCCUCACUUGGUCAGGACCCCCCUGUGCCCUGCAGGUCAUGUCAUGGCUCUGGAGACCACCCUAAGAGGGUGAUCCUGGACCUUCAGGAUACCCUGGGGCUGUAUUAAGGUGAAACAGCACCAAACAGUCAAUUAGAAAGUUGGAGUUUUUGGGCAGCAAGGAUUUAAAGCUUGUGAUAGGUUGCACGGUCUGGCGGCAACAAUUAAAACACUUCUGAACAGCCUGCAGAUUAAAUUUUCCUGGACAAUUUGUGGAUUAAACUUCCCUCAGGAGCAGCUCACAGAUUAAGUUUAUUUCAACAGCCCACAGAUUAAAAUUCUCAGAACAACACGUGGCAACCCACAAAUUCUCUGAUGAAAAGCCCAUGGAUUACACAACCACCUCAAUGAACAGCUCAUGGGUUAAAUUUCCUUGAACUGUGCAUGGAAACAGCAAUUUCAUAACAGCCCACAGCAGCUGCAAUUUAAACUCUUAAAGAGAGGGAGAAAGGAAGGAGGAAAGGAAGGAGAACAGAUGUAGAGAAAGAAUUUGUGUCACCAGCCUGGGUUCCAGCACCAUCCCCACUCCAGUCCCUCGGGAUGAUGGGUGUCCCCCCAGCCCUUGUCCAUUGUGGAAUUUAUAGAAUGGUCCUUGCACAGCCUCAUUUUGUUACUCUUUUAACUUCUCAGAACAGGGUUGGGGGUUAUCGUGGUUUCAAUUUCUUCCCCCUGGGAAGAGCAGGCAAAGGGGAGCAGGUUGAUGGGCAGAAGUGCAGCAGCAAGGGCAGCACCUGGGGCCCCUCAGCCUGUCCCCAGCCUCUGUCUCCAAGCCCUGGCUCAUGGAGCCAUACUCAAGUACCCCCUGAGAACCCAAAGGUUCUAGUUGAUUUUUUUAAGGAUUUGUCUGAUGGAUCACUCUGGUUCAAAGAUUUUUUCCCAGUGUUUGAGUCCUUUAACACCUAGGCUUGUCUGGAGUCUUGUGUUUAUCUGCUUUUCCCUGCUCGUAUGGCUCUUUGCUCUGGAGUGAGGUGCUGAAAAUCUGUGUAUUGAUGGAGUCAGCAGCAGAUUUCCACCAUUCCCACAUCCAAGGAAAAAGAGAAACUCUCAAGCUUUUGAGACCUCAAAAAUGAAUGGCUAGAGGUGCUUCCUCUCUGGGGCUGAUCUCCUGGAGUAUUCUGGAAUGUUCCAGAUAGUGUGAGAACAUGGAUCACUUUUCCACAGGGCACAGCCCUCCUGGGCAGGCUCAACUCACCCUGAGAGUGGCUCCUGGGGCAGCACCUGCCCGAUGUGAGCUGUCCUUGGAGUCAUUUUGGGACUGAAAGUGGUAAAGGCUGGAGGUGUUGUGGCAUGUGGUCCCUGCAGGUCCUGUUGGUUGCUGGAACCAGGACAUCACCAGCAGUGGGGGACAAUGGGGACAUUCCACAUAGGCUGAGCCAUUGCUGUGUAACAAUGGGCACUCUUUGCCAGGGCAAGGGGACACUGUAAAGAGGGAAACAAGUGGCACGGGCUCCGGAACAAGGAGGAGACCAAAGAGGAAGGAGCCUGCUGGCUGUGCACCUCUUCCUCUUCCUCCUUCUACCACCUCCUACCACCUCCCACCCUACCUGCUCCUCUCUGGAGCAAUAGCUCAAGAGGCUCCUGUUCAUGGCAGUUCUGUGCUUUUGGACAGAUCAGCAGCAAUGGCAACACUCACUCUGGGCACGAUGCUGGAUGUUGCCCUCGGGUCAUCAAGAGCUGGAGCUGUCGACUUUGAGCAGCUGUACAACCUCCUGAAUGGGAUGCUUUUGCACUUGGGCCUGCGGGAUCUGCCUGUCCAGGAGAACGGGGAACCACUGGAGGGGGCCGAGGGAAGCCCUUUCUCUGCCGCUUUCCUUGAGGAGUUGAUGCGGAAAGUGGAAGCCAAUGAAAAAGAACUCGCUGAGGUCCGGGCUCGUUGCCAGCAGCUCAAUGAGGAGGUCACUGAGAUGAAGGUGGAGCAGUCCCGCAUGACAGAGGACAUGCAGAGGAUGAAGGAGAAUUUUGGCGUGGACUCGCUGGAUGACCUCCGUAACCAGCUGCUGGAAAGUGUCAUGUCUGCCGUGAGGGACAUGUUGAUGGGCGACCAAGACUCCCCAGAGCCGAGGUCCAGGCAGAUAAACCCGCUGGAUGACGACGAGCUGAUUGUCAUCGGCAAUGAAAUUACCCUCGUGGAAAGGACACCGGUACCAAGGCCCAUCAGCCCCCUGCCCCCCAAGGCCGAGACAGAGGACAGAGAGAAGGAUUCCCUGGAGGCAACUACGAGCAGCCACCCAGUCUCCUUUGGGGCAGAUGAGGUGGGACAGAUCAAGGAUGAAGAGAUCAAGAUAAGUAUCUCUGAGGCAGAGGCUCUUCCCAGCCACCUGGAUGUUCCCCCUGAGAUGAGCGAUGUGGGAGAGAUCAAGGAUGAAGAGAUCGAGAUGAGCAUCUCCAAGAAAAAGAGUUUGGAUGACAGACUCACCACCUCAAGAAUGCAUCCAGGAGCCCCUGGCACCCACCCCCCAGUCCAGCGGGUGCAGGCAUUACGAGGCACCCCAGGAUCCCAGACCCCCUGGAUCCCAGGGGAGAGUGUGGCUGGCACCAGCAGCAAGCUCCUGACACCCAAGGAGGAACGUGGAGGAGGCAGCUCCAGGAUGGAGUCACUCCAAGCUAAACCUGGAAUGAUGAUGCUAAAGGUGCCCUCUUCCAAGUACUCACCUUGUGAGCCGCUUGUGCGCUUACGCUCUGAGAUCCCAUCCACACCACCGCUGUCCCCCGGCCUCUCCGCGCGCCUGUGCCACGCUCGCAAGCAGUACCAAACACAGGAGCAAAGGGAGCAGGCAGCCGAGGGGUAUUCCCGCAGAUCACCGAUGUACUGUGGGGGUAAACACACCAGCACCUACCCCGUGCAGCCCAUGGAGCCUCUCCUUCCAGACCCCAACAAGCCCGGCGUGAUUGAACUGAUGGGCAAGGAUGGACUCGUGUACCGGGGCCGGGAUACCUAGGGGAUCUGAGCAAGCAACUGCAGCCUGCAGAAAUAAAGGGUGACGAGCAGCCAAGCACCUCCUGAAUGCAGCAGGAUCUUCCCUUCAUGCACAAGGAGUCGGCAGCAUCCCUCGUCCUGAAAAAAGCCCCUGUGGAGCCCCCUCUCAGGGUCUGUGUCAGCCCCACAGUGAAUUAACCCUAAUUAAUCCUCACGAGCCCCACUUGUGCCCUGCCAGGGGAGCCUGUGGUCCCAAAAGGGUCCGGGACAGCAGGAGGAGGAGGAGCUGCUGGAAAAGGGGAAAAUGGGGACCUCAGUGGGAGGGACAGCAGCAAAACACAGUUCGAUGCCAAAAGCAAAUCCCAUCCCAAGCCUCUGGUUUGCUGUCGCUUAUCCCCCGGGAUGAGCAUCACUGAGCUGCCUUCCUCAUCUCCAAGUGAAGAAACCCCCUCUGUCACCCCCUCAUCCCUCUUGCAGUGCUGCCACUGAUUGAAGGCACAAACCCCUCUGCUCCCCACCUCCAACCAACACACCACAACCCCAGGAGAUGGACACGUCCCCUCCUUUCCCUUGUGCCAUCCCAAAGCCCCGGUGUGUGCUGAGACUGAACACAAGUGGUGUCACGGGGAGUACCGGGCAGGGAAACCCCCAGCCCUGCAGCAGCACGGGGGAAAUGAGGGGUGUCACAGCUGGGGACACAUGGCUGUGUGUGCAGGGGGCUGGGGAUGUCCCCUCUACACACGGGCAGUGACACUUCCUGGGGGGGGACACAGCUGGUGGCACCUCUGGGGUGAGUGGGAGGGUGAGAAAAACUUGAGGGGAACCCCAGAAGAACCUGGGGAGGACCCAGAGCUUAUGGGGGACAUCCCCUGGGGGCUGCCCCGUCCUGGUGGGUGUCCCCAAACCUCCUCCCCACAGGGACAGCCUCCAUCCCUGGUCUGCUCCACUGUACUCCACAGGCAUCUCAGCUCCCAGGGAGAUCCCCCUGCAAUGUUCUCCCUGGUGAGUUUGGUUUUUCAGGGGAAAACCAGGUACUCAAAACCUGCUUUGGGGGUACUGAGGUGGACACAGCAGGAUCUGGGAUCCCCCCAGUGCCACAGCAGGAUAACAGGAGGCCCCAGGAGGAUAACUGGGCACCAGAGCAGAGCCAACAAAGAGCAAUCCUGCACUCCUGACUGGGAUUGAGGGGUUUAAAAACAAACCCCUCUGGGACCAACUGGAUUUGCAGGACAUGGCCCAGCUGGGGUCACCUCUUUGGUGUUCAUCAUCCCCCUGCCCCUUUUGCUGCCCCAGGAUCCAGAUGCCCCCUAUAAACACCCCCACACCCCUGCACACCCCAAACACACCCCCAGCCUUGGGCAAUCCUUGGAGCAGGUAAGUAACCCCAGACAGAGGAUUUGCCUUUGCUCCUUGGAGUUUGUGCCAUCCUGGGGACCUCCCCAUCCCUGCAGGAACCUUUGGACUGUGCCUUGAGUCUCCCAGUGUUUCCUGGCAUUUCCAGAGCUGCUGUGCUCCCAUUUUAGAGGUUUUCUGCAGACAGAGGUGUCAGCUGCACCCCUGGCACAUGGGGACUCCUCACUGUGCUGGCACAGCACCCCCAUGGCCCUGGGUCUUCCCUCUGAUCCCUUUUUGGGGACAGCAGUGGUGGCUUGUGCAGGCAGAGCACAGACUCAGUCCCCACUGGUGACACUGCCCCACAGAGGAGUCACCCCCAUUUUCAGUGCCCUACCAGGGACACCCUCCCAGCAGAGAGAAAAGGCAGGGACAGCUGGUGUUAAAAAAGUGAUUUUUUUUUUUUUUAAAUUUUUAUUAUUUUUUAAAUUAAUAAAAAACCUUC